GGGUGGCUUUGCCCUGUGCUGAGCAGCCUCCAGCAUGCGAUUGUCAGCAUUAGCAGAUUCUGUUUUUUAGCAGAAUCUACUACUGAAGCUGAAUAAGGUCCUUUGACGUUAUAACACAAUUUCCAACAUAUGCAAUCCCAGAUUGGGCCUCAUAUCUGCGUUCUGCCCUUGCUCACCGUUAUACCCUCCAUCAAGGAACAGGAUGGAUGAUACGCAGCGCUUGCAGUCAGAUGAUGAUGAUGGGGAAGAAACUCCAGUGGAUCGACUCAGGCCAGUAGGAAAUCUGCAUAUGUUUGCUGGGAUCCAUGGACCAGCACAGGAUUUCCCCAUAUACCGUGGCCAGAAUCUCAUUGGCCGACAUGCCAGCUGUGAUAUCACACUGCCCGCGCAGUCCGUGUCCAAGAAACAUGCAAUCCUGGAGGUGAAAGCAGACAGCCACACUAUAUGCGACAAUACCAGCCUAAACAAGACCCGUCGCACCAAAGCGGCUCUCACACCGAAUGUACGUUACGCCCUCACCGACGGGGACUUCCUAAUGUUUGCUGAUGUGGCGUGUCGCUACACAAUACAGAAGAAAAUGGAGGAGGCAUCCAUUCUUGAAGAGAGUGAGGAUGACUCUGUCCUGGUUCCGGGUACUCAGGGAGCUUUGGCUAUUGAGAAGACUCCUGGUGUUGCCAUACGCAGGAUGGUACGUGGGGCUGUACUGGCGCGGGACUCUGGAGAUGAGGAUGAAGGUGCCGCGGGGCAGAAGAAGACUAGUGAAGGAGGAGAAGGUAUUGGAUCCCUCAGAGGCGGCCACAAGACCACAGGUCAUGGGACCAUGUUCUCUCCCAUUACAGACACAAUUGUGCCCGAAAGUGAUGAGGAAAACGAUACUUCAACCUCCGAGUCUCGUUUCCCGUCACUCAAUCUACGUUGUGAUAGCGACACAGACACUCAUGAUACUCCUGCAAGGCUAAGCUCUUUUACACCCUCCUCGCUGAACAUCUCAACCCCUUCAUCUCUUAAAGAACAGACCAAAGAUGAAAGCAGGAACCUUCCACCAGUGGAUAAAGAGGAGAAAAAGAUUGAUAUACGGACAGAUGGAGACUUAAAAUUGACAUUGUUGACAGGAGAUGCGUCUGACGCGAAGGAUGACCAAGCUGUAGAACCGAAGGCAGAGGCCGUGCCAGAUAGCAGCUUUUCAGAUGGUGACGGACAUGUUCAGAAGAUCGUAGUUUCAGAUACAUCAGACAUAAAGUUGAAGGACGUUUCAACACUGAACACAGAUAAACAUGUUGAACAUGAGCGUGAAGAAACUUUAAAGGACAGUACAAUUAAUAAACAAACCAACAAUCCUUGUGCCAAGGAAGAAGAUGCAGGAAAAAGCGAUACAGAGCAGAAGGUCUCUGAUGAAACCAGUCCAGACGUCAAUGUCACCAUUGAAGUAAACAACGUAGAACUUGUGGAUACAGGCUUAAGAAUGAAAGAAGUUGAUUUUUGUUUAGACAGCGAAACAGAUGUAGAUGAGGAAGACACUACCACCUGUCGGUCAGGUGUAAUGAAAGCAGAGACCCUUGAAACCAUAACCGAUGGAGGUCAAGAGCAAAACAAUGGCAGAACUGUGGGUAUGGCUGGUACAGUAUUUAACACGGAUGGCGAAAAUGACGCAGCAACUUCAGAAGCUGAUUUAGAGACUGGAAAGCCACAUCACAUAAACAGUGAUACAGAUGAUGAAGCUGAUGAACAACAAAAGAAAAAUGGCUCAUUGGUCGUUAACCCAGACAGCGAUACAGAUGUUGAGGAUAAACUUAAGGUUUUACAGUCAAAGAGUGAAAGUGCUGAACUGAACACAAGGAAAGUUGAAGGUAAUAGAACUUCAGGGACUACAGAAACCAGCAGGACCAAAGUCAGCAGUGACUCGGAUGUUGAAACUAUUGUGGACAUGCCCAAGCCAGAUGGGAAGAGCCAUGAGCAGGAUUCCAGGAAUAACGAUGAAGAGAAGGAAGGAUUCCAUCUGGACAGUGAUACAGAUGUGGAGGAUGAUGUUGAUGUGUCCAACACAGAAGUAAAGAAAGAUGAGAGAACAACAACUAUAACUGUAAAAGAAACAAAUAAAGGAAUACAUCUAGACAGUGAUAUCGAUGUGGAUGAAGACACUGACCAUUCCAUGAAGACCUUGACAAAAGGGGAGCAAGACUCCAGAAAAACAAGAAUGGAUGCUCAAGAGCCUAAAGAUGCCUUCAGCUUAGACAGCGAUACUGAUGUGGAUGAAGAUGACCUGAUGCCAGGAGCGUCAAAUGCUGCAGUGGAAAAUAAGCCAACAUCUCAAGAUCAAAUAGAUGAUCAACAAUCAGUUAGGACUGCAAAAAGCUAUAGCGAAAAGGAAGAAAUAGGUGUCACAAAUGAAGAGGCUAGUGCUUUACACACAGAUGAUGACACAGACGUGGAUGAGGAAGAUGUUGGCCCAGUGCUGGAGGAAGCUCGACCAGCUGAGCAAACUGCAAUAAGUGAUUGCAAGAAGACUGAAAUGGAUGUGACCAGUGAAGGAGCUGCUGCAUUGCACAUGGACAGUGACACGGAUGUAGAAGACAAUGAUGGACCUCAUGUCCCGGAAUUGGAUAAAACACAAGCAGGUGACCAUAGUGGCAGUGUUUGUGAAGAACCUGCUGCUCGGCCUGAAGCUUCGAAAGUGGAAGCCCCCAGCGUAUCUGCAGAUGAUAGCGUGGAGGAGGAUGAGACUCAGAAAACUGACUCUGAAAAUACUAAUUUUGAAAGUAUGGCCACACAGUGUUACCUGGAACCACAAGAACAGGAAUCGGAUUUGCCAGAUGAAGAGGAAGCUACUCAAGCGUAUGUAUUCAGUUCUACGUGGGCGGAGCCAGAUCCGUUUAAACGACCUGCUGACCCAAUAGGUGUGUUGCAGAUUUCCGCAGUGACCGUGGAUACAUCCGAGGAGGAGAUUGAUGAAAAUGCUAUAGCUGAGACUCAGCCAUAUUGUUCAAACGCAGAGACACCUGAACUAGGCAAUGAUAGUGUAAUUGACCAAGAGGCAACCCAACCUGCAGAUAAUGUGGCAGAAUCAGGAAAGGAGGGUCAGCAACUAACAUGCGGACCAGUAUCCCAAGAGGACACUCAACCCGUCUCCCAAUACUUGUCUAUUAGAGCUCCAGAAGAGACAGGUUCUUGGUUGCAACUUAAACGAGAUGUUCCAGCUUCUGUUUGGGCACGGGCUAUCCAGCAUGAAGGAGCCUCUACUGAUCUGAAAGAAGACCUUGAUAAAGAAGAUGAUGCAGAGAAGGAAGAUGAGCAAGUGUCAUCCAUUGAGCUUGAGGUCACGCAGCCUUACACCCUUGGUAUCCCAUCCUUACAGCAACAUCCAGCACAUGUUCAUUCCCCAGAUAUGCCAGCUGCAGAGGAAGAUAACAUGGAGGCUGGUAUCUCAGCAGUGCCACCAACAGACAACAGCACCUCACAACCGUGCAACGUAGAGGCACAAACCACGGAUGAUCAGGCCACUCAAGCGCACAGUCAGAGUGCUCCAGAUAGUAAUGGCACCCAAAUUUGCAUCCCACUUGUACAAAAAUCAGGAGAUGAUGACACUCAGCCUUCCAACUUAAAUGUGGUGGCCACAGAAAGUGAUAACACACCGCCUUGUAGCAGCCUGAGUGUCUCAGCCAAAGAAGAGCAAGCCAAGGAAACUUCUAACAAAGAUCAAGUGAAGCUGUAUUCAAAGAGGGGUCUGAGCAGAAGCAGGAAAAGGGCGGAGUCUGAAAAGAAUGCAGAGACUGCAGCCGAAGUUAUUGAGCACCCAGAAGACGUUCCUGUUGUGCCUGAUUCCCUACCUGAGACUCUGAGUGACCUCAAUGCAGAAGAGCUAAAGCAACCUGGAACUGAGACAACAGAAGAACUGACAGCAGAGAAAGGAGGAAGAAGAAGAGGAGCAAGGAAAAUGGGAGUAGUAGAUGUGGAGGACAAAAUUAAAACAAAGGAGGAAGCUGUUUCGACAGUUACCCGAAAGAGGACAAACAGAAUGGUCUGUGAUGUUGAACCAUCAACAUCAGGGAUUAAUGAGAAGGUUAAGAGGAAGCAACCGACUGGAAAGAGCCUUGCUAAAGUGGCCAAGAAAGAAUUGGAAGAUGACCAUGAAGAAGAGUCUGGUCCUUGCUCUCUGGAGAGUAGGGAUAUUUCUUCCUCUGGGAAUUUACCAAUAAAUCCUGUUGAAAUUAUCAAAAGUCAAACACCAGAAGAUGACAAGAAAGAUAAUGUAGUCAAGCAUAUGCCAGAGAAGACUGAGGAUCACCCGAAUGAAAAUGACAAAGAUCCUAUCCCUACCUUUGCAGAGCAGAAAGGAAAUGGAGGCAAAUCUUCUGCAGGAAUUAUUGAAAGCAAGGAGCUCAUGGUUUCGGAUAGAAGUUGUACCCAAGUGGUGUUUGAGUCCAGCAGUGACCUUCCAAAUAAGAAAUGUGUUACAACCAAAACACGUGCUGCUACAAAGCUAAAAAAAUCCAAUACAGUUGAAGCAGAAUCCAGGGAUAAUGGCGGUAAAGUGGAAGAUGAAAACGUCGAUGACCAGAAAUUUGAGGUGUGUCUGGAAGAAGAUGAAGUACACAGGCCAGUUUCAAGAACAAUAGAGACACAAAAAGUGGAGGAGGGUCUAGGGAAGAGAAAAACUCGAAAGUCUGGUGCUGCAUCUGCAGAGACUGUGGAGCAAAAGAAAAAAAAGGGCGAGGUAGCCACAGCCAGCAAAAAAGGACAAAAUGAGGAGGUCCAAGUCUCUCCCGCUGGCCCCAGUUCUGGAAAUGAGAAACCAGGGAGACUCAGGAGGAAUUUAGCAAAAGACAUCAAAGAGGAAUCUGAAAAUGUGACAUCUAAGAGGAGUAUGAGUUUAAGAGGUGGUGAGAAGACAGUUGAAGAAAAAGAACUCCACGGAAACUCUGAGGAUAGUCCAGUCAGUAACAAAAUGACAAGGAGAACAAGGCAUACUAAGGUGGAAGAAGAAAAACCAGAAGAAGUGACAGAUGUUGGAAAAACCGAGGCAGGUGAUGCAGCUAGAAAACCAAGGAAGACACGGAAAAAUUGGAAAGAUGAGCAGAUAACGGAAAACGAUAUUGGAAACAAGGAAGAGCCAACAGUCAGUGAAACUCAGACAAGAAGGUCAAAAAGAGAAUGUAGAGAGCAGGAAAGUGUGGCAAAAAGUGAAAAUGUAAAAGAAACUGUUUCCAGAAGGGCCAAAAAGAAUUCAGCGGAGGAAGACGUUGCAAGAUUGGAAGAAGAACAAAGCAAUAAAUCUGGAAGGACUAGAAAGGGCUCCAAGGAAGAGUUAAAGACUGAACAAAAGGAAGAUGUUAUCCUUACAGAGACCCAAAAAGCAGAUCCAGUUGGUCAAAAGACAACUCUCAGAAUUAGAAAAAAUGCCAAAGAUGGUAAGAAAACUGGAAACGAACAACAGGCUGAAGUCAACACCACGCCUGAAAAACUGUCCUCCAAAUCAAGGAGAAAAACAUCGACAGAGGAACCUAAAGAAGCAGAGAGAGACAGAAAGGAGGAGGCCGUGGAGAGAGCAGGGUUGCAGCCAGAAGCGGAGUUGUCCGUACAUGAGGAAAAGUCAAGGCUGAAUGCUGGAAGAUCCAGGAGAACGGCAAUUAAGGAAGACGUGCCUCAAGUUUCCACCCCAGUUGCAGCAAGGAAGAGAGGCCAACCAUCAAAAGCAGAAGUGGAAGUCAAGAGGAAGAAGUCAGAUGAGCCUGUAGAACAGAAACCAGUAGCAGAGGGAGAAACGACGCCAAGAAGAGGCCGGCCUCGAAAAUUAGCAGCAGAAGCAAGCAACACGCAGACCGUAAAUGCUGAUGCAAAGGAAAUCUCCCCUCCUGACCCAUCCCCAUCUCGGAGCAGCCGACAAAGGCCAAGUUCUGCCUUAAGUAACCCACCAGAGGUCUGUACCCCACGUCGCACUAGCAGAAUGUCUGCUGCAGCCACCAGCCCGUAUGUUCCCCAUUCAGGAUCAGCUCCCAAGGUUUUGUUCACCGGUGUGGUGGAUGCGGUGGGUGAGGGGAUAAUCCGCUCACUGGGAGGCGACAUUGCAGACUCCGUGUUUGACUGCACUCACCUGGUAACCGACCGUGUUAGAAGGACCGUGAAGUUUCUCUGUGCUCUUGCAAGGGGUAUUCCCAUUGUCACGUUGGACUGGAUAGAUAAGUGUAAGAAGAGCGGCUGUUUUUUGUCCCCAACUGGAUUUCUGGUUAAUGAUAAAGAACAAGAGAAAAUCUUUAACUUUGUGUUAGCAAAAUCACUGCAAAAAGCCAAGAGGAAGCCGCUCCUUGAGGGCUAUGAAAUUCACAUCACCUCUAAUGUCAAGCCUGAGCCUGAACAUAUGAAGGACAUUAUCCGCUGCAGUGGGGCAACAUUCCUUCCCAAAAUGCCCCGGACUUUCAAGGAGAAGUGCAUCAUUGUGUCGUGUCCCGAAGACGCCGCUCGCUGCAAGUCCGCACCAUCGUCUGUUCCGGUCACGACGGCGGAGUUUAUUCUGAGUGGGAUCUUACGCCAGGAAGUAAAUCCAUCCGCCUAUCUGCUGAACCCUGCAACGGAGAGUCCUGGACCCGCCCCGGCCAAGCGGAGGCGCUGAGUUUGUUGUACAGAUAUCUGUCUUUACGUAUUACAUAGCAUAUUCAUAAGCUGGUUUUUACUGAGCAGAGUUUUGCGAUUAGCACUGUAGAUAAGCAGCAUUAAUACAGGGUUACCUGUCUGUUAUUAAGGAUCACAGUAUUAGCCCCAAGUUCUAGUUCCAUAAAUGAAUAGCAGCACAUUAUACGGGAUGUACAUGCGUGACACAUGCCGACCUGAAUUUCACCUAAAUUAUUUUCAAUAGUUUUAUCUGUGAUCAUUUUAGAAUGUUUUUUUGUAGUUUUUUACAAUUCUGUUCAGACAAGGGAAGCCCCCACCACGAUUACGUGUGGCAACGCAUCAAAUCUGUAGUUCACCGUAAUUAAAGCGCAAAAACUGCGGGACUGUAUCUCUUGCUUGACCUAAAUAUGGAUCAACAUGCUGUAGAGACACAAUGUAACAAUAAUAUAAGCAGGUACAACUAAGUAGUAGAUUUUGGGGCUAGAUGCUUAGUAUUAGACUGCCGAGUAACAUCAGCCUUGCGCUCACUCGUUAAUUGCUUUUUUUUUUUUUUUUUGCUUUGUAUGACCGACUGGACAGAGGGAGCUAACACGCUAGAAUAUCGAAACCUGUUGAUGCUAAUUUAUGGCUGACUUUAUAUAAUUGUAGAUACGUUGGCAGCACAGCGCGCAGUCAUUUCCCUGAGUCCUAAGCACAGGGUUAACACUAUGCCUGUAUAUAGAGUGGAGACUUUGUGUAUAUAAUAAACGCACAGUAUUUUU